AUGGACCUGGCCUCGGUCCUGCAAAUGAAAGCCGGCCUCGCCAUCGUCGAGCACCAGCUAUCCACCCUCACCUCCACCCUCACCCAAAUGUCCUCACGCUACCGCGACGUCCCCAUGGCCGGCCGCACCCACCUCCAACACGCCCUCCCCAUAACCUUCGGCUACAAAUGCGCCGUCUGGCUCUCCUCCCUGCGCCGCCACCACUCCCGCCUCCAAGCCCUCAAGCCCACCACCCUCCUCGCCCAAUUCGGCGGCGCCGCCGGCACCCUGGCCUCCCUGGGCGCCUCCGCGACCGGCAUCGCCGUGCGCAAGCGGCUCGCCGCCCUCCUCGGCCUCGCCGACCCCGUCAUCACCUGGCACUCGGCGCGCGACGGCGUCGCCGACGCAGUCGGCUUCCUCGCCCUCGUCGGCGGCACCCUCGGCAAGGUGGCGCUCGACCUGGCCGUCAUGUCAUCCAACGAGCUGGGCGAGGUCGCCGAGCCGUUCGUCCCCCACCGCGGCGCCUCGUCGACCAUGCCCCAGAAGCGCAACCCCAUCUCGUCCGAGGUCAUGCUGGCCCAGGCCAAGAUCUUGCGCGCCCAGGCCGGCCUCGCGUUGGAUGCCAUGGUGGCGGAUUUCGAGAGGGCGAGCGGGCCCUGGCAUCUGGAGUGGGUGGCGCUGCCGACGGCCUUCGUGGCGUGCGUGGGGAGCUUGGCUCAGGCGAAUUUCGCCAUCGGGGGGCUGUGUGUGAAUGAGGGGGCCAUGAUGAGGAAUCUGGUGAGCACCAAGGGUUUGAUUGUGGCGGAAGCGGUGAUGAUGGGGUUGGCGGUGCAUACGGGGAGGGGGGAGGCGCAUGAGAUUGUGUACAAGGCGUGUGUGGCGGCGGUUGAGGGCGACGUCUCGCUACAGGAGAGCUUGGAGAGGGUACCCGAGGUCAUGAGGCAUCUGAAGAGCGAGGAGUUGGCUGAGCUGUGCGAUCCGACCAAGUAUUUGGGAUGCUGUCGGCUGAUGGUUGAUGAGCUGAUCGGUCAGGAUCUUGAUGUCGAGAAAAAGGGGGACGGACAGUAA